AUGAUUAAUAAGAAGAAUGCUAGAAUUAAAAAAAUGGAUGAAAAGUUGAGUGUAGGUUUUGCAGCAUCACAUUUUCUUGAUUUUUACAAUCUUCGGAAUACUAAGGUGAAGUUUGAGUGUGGAGGGAAGUUCGUUUCUCCAAGGUCACCAGUUUGUUGCUGGGUUGUGGUGUACAUAAUGAACGGCGUCACUUUCAAUCAUAACGAGCCAAUGGCUCUGGGAUCUCCUCCAAGUGGAACCACAUCUCCAAGUACUUGUCAGUAUCUUCCAGGAUUUCUCAUGAGUGAAAAUCCACAAAUGGCAAAUGCACAAUCAACUGAAUCCAAGAUUUCACGUCAAAGUCCUGUUUCUCCUCUGUCUGGGAAUGCAUAUAAUAUGCUAGCUCCUCAACAUAAUGUAAAUAAAUUGCAACCAAGAUUUAUGAGUCAAGCGCAGGAUACAGUUGCACGUCGUUUAACAUCACCUCCAAUACGAAGUAUGUGGUCGUCUGUUAAUGCUACUUGUGUUCCUGCUAAAAACACAUCAGAUAAUUUUGGCGGUGUAAAACACAGUACACCAAUUCCUGCUGUUGGCACACCAGUAAAUCCAUCAAUGAAAAGGUUGGGAACUGCAAGCCCAUUUCAGUCACCCGGUGAUCCAAAUUUCCAUCGUACUCCUUUGCAUAAUAUUGGAAAUAAUUCUACCUCUUUCGUUGGAUCUCCACUGCACAAUAAUAACAGUAUGACAGGGAAUCCAAAUGAUGAUUUGGUUAAUAAGCAAGAGGGUUUGAUAACGCCUAAUCGUUUAGCUGAAGCACUGCUUACACAUCAAAGUUUCAACGAUAAUGACUCUCCAAAUUUACACGAUUGUUGGGUGACUGUUUUUGGGUUCCCACCACCUCGAGCUGCAUUCAUUCUCAAUCAAUUUGCUCAACUUGGUACUAUUGAAAAACAUGUGAUUACAAAUAAUGGUAAUUGGAUGCAUAUUAAAUACCAGAACAAAAUGCAAGCUCGUUAUGCUUUGAAUAAAAAUGGAAAAGUUUUUGGUGAUAAUAUUAUGGUUGGUGUAUCCGUGUGUACUGAUCCACAAGUAAUAGAUGGAGAAAAGUCUGGUGUGUUUUGUAGACAGACAAAUACCAGUAAUAUCAAUGAUUCUGUAUUCCUUAGUCCAUCGAAUAACAAUAACAGUAUGCAUAAUAUUCGUCGUGGUAUCGAUGAUGGUGACAAUAAAAGAACAACUAGAACAAUGAUGAAUAGAACUCCGAAUAGAGAUAUGGGUGGAUUAAAGCCGCUAUCAUUAAAUAAUACUGGAAUAGAUUCUGGCAAUCAUAUGAUUGCAGACAAACCAGUAUGUAGUAGUAGUAGCAUUGGCAGACAUAAUUCAAUGCGAUCGUUGGCUGCAUCUAAUCGACCAACAAGUCUGUCAAGAACAGCAAGUGUUCGACAGGACAGGGAUUCUGGAUUAAUAUCCAAAGCACUCGGCUAUAUGUUUGGCUGGUCAUAA